AAACACUCGGGACAAGUCGCAGCGGCCCCGGGUCUCAUGGUCGGUGCCAGUCUGAGCCCCAUUUUUACUAUUUUCUUUUUUUAAAAAAAGAUAUGUUUAUUGUUAAUAAUAAUAACCAUUGACCCUCAGCUGGCGCUGUGCUGAGUGGCUGAGGGUGUGUGUGUGUGUGUGUGUGUGCAGCGAAGUGGAGUAAAGGUCAUUGUCAAAGGUCACUGUUUGGAGGCUCUUGGGCUUUGCACGUUUGUCCUCUGUCUGUGUCUUCCCCCCUCAGACUCGCAGUGUUUUUGCAGCUCCGUCGGUAUCCCCCUGUGUCGCUCACUGCUGUCACCAGAAGAUGUUGCAAAAUACGGGGAAACUAGCGGGAUAUACCAUCUUCAUCACAGGCGCCAGCCGUGGGAUUGGCAAAGCAAUUGCCUUGAAGGCGGCCAAGGAUGGGGCCAAUAUCGUGAUUGCUGCUAAAACUGCGCAGGCACAUCCCAAGCUACCAGGCACCAUCUAUACCGCAGCACAGGAAAUUGAAGCCAAUGGAGGCAAGGCUUUACCAUGCAUUGUGGACGUGCGAGAUGAGCAGCAAAUCAGCAAUGCAGUCGAGAAUGCCGUGAAGACAUUUGGAGGCAUAGAUAUUUUGGUGAAUAACGCUAGUGCGAUUAACCUCACUGGGACCCUGGACACCCCGAUGAAGAAAGUGGACCUGAUGAUGAGCAUUAACAGCAGGGGAACAUACUUAACGUCGAAAUUGUGUAUUCCAUACCUGAAAAAAAGCAAAAAUGGACACAUUCUGAACCUCAGUCCUCCACUCAACAUGAAUCCAAUCUGGUUCAAGAACCACUGUGCUUACACCAUGGCUAAAUACGGAAUGUCGAUGUGCGUCCUGGGCAUGGCAGAAGAAUUCAAAGGCGAAAUUGCAGUAAAUGCUUUGUGGCCAAAGACCGCGGUUCAGACGGCUGCGAUGGUUAUGCUGGGAGGGUCGGAGGUGGGCAACCAAUGCAGAAACCCAGAAAUAAUGGCUGAUGCUGCGUAUGCCAUUUUCUCAAAACCGAAGACAUUUACUGGAAACUUUGUCAUUGACGAAGAGAUCCUCAAACAGGAAGGAAUCAAAGACUUUGAUGUCUAUGCGGUCUCUCCAGGACACCCACUGCUUCCAGAUUUCUUUUUAGAUGAGGAACCUGAGGCACUUGUGAAGAAAAUGCAGAAUUUUGGUGGAGUUCCUGCUUUUGGAGGAGGAAAAGCACAGACAGCAACGGCAGCAGACAAAGGACCCGUUGCAGAGACUUUCAGAAUUCUAGAGAAGGCUGUCAAUGCUGAUGUGGUGAAAGGCACUCAAGGGGUGUAUCAAUUUGAAUUAUCUGGGGAACACCCAGGCACAUGGUACAUUGACCUGAAGAACGCCAACGGCAGCUUGGGGCAUGGAGCCCCUCCAGGGAAGGCAGACGUAUCGAUGAUCAUGACCAGUGAAGACUUUGUGAAAAUGUUUGCAGGUAAACUGAAACCCACCAUGGCAUUCAUGUCUGGGAAGCUGAAGAUUAAAGGUGACAUGACUCUCGCCAUCAAACUUGAAAAGCUGAUGUCUCAGCUGAAGUCCAGACUUUAAUCUCCCAGCAGAGAGAAGCUUGCUUUAUGCCUUAUCAAUGCAGUGGAUGCCAUAGGCGGGGGGAGAAUGCCACAUAACAUUUUAAAUAUUAUUAUUAAUUAUGAAAUUCUUUUUGCAAAUGUUAACAUCGAAUCAAUCCACUGUUGUUUCUUUCGUAUACUCUUACUAAUGUACAUUGUUGAAAUUCAACCUAAAACAUACAGUUUUACAAUGAGGCUAAAAAAGCUUGAAUUUCAAAACUGUCUUGACUUUUAAUAUUAAUUACUGAAAGAUCCUGAUUUUGUACUCUGAUCAAUUGUGUCCCCUCCCCUGUAUAGGACAGCGAAUGAGUCUCUGUGGAUUACAAUAAACAUGUACAGAUUUGGGAAUAUCUAACUGGCUUUGUCCAACAAACUUGUUUGAUCGCUGGUUUGCCCAGUUUGGGCGGGGUUGCAAUGUGACUGGGCAAUUUGACGACAGAUGCGUUUUUCUCUCUUAUGUUCUCAGUGUUAUCAACAUUGUAUAAACUUUGUUUAAAAAAAAUUACAUUUCAAUUAAUAC